UUGCCGGCCACUUGCCCGGUCACUUACCAGUGCACAGUCGCUGGUCACACUAGGGACUCUGCACCGAACACCAACCGACGAUUCGAGGCUGUUUGAGUAAAUAUACGACGAGCGCGGACAAUCACUAUCACUAGCCACUGCUGACAAUAUACUCUAUUCCUUUUGAAGACAGGUCCGUAAUUGAAAGCCCUAGCCUCUGACCACUGGUUUUAAUUCCAGUUUCAAGCAGACCGCUGAUGCCGACCGCUACGACGACGACGACAACUGUCUUGACGUCGGACAUGCUGCCUCAUAAACCGUCUAGCAAAGGCUCGUCGUCGACAGAGGCAACGCUACAAUCAUUGUACAACCGUGCAGCGAGAGCAUUCCUUCACCGAGACGUCACUAUCACGUUCACCUUGUUAAGCGCUGCAUUUGCGCUCCUCCCACCUCCCCUUGCGCCCUCACCUGAUCCCCUAGACGUCCACCGGAGAAAGUGGGAUAUCCUUCGCAUCACCCUCGAAACCACCGUCUUCUCGUCUACUCCAGACAUCGCUGAUUUACCACAACCACUCCGAGAAUUCCUACUCUUAUCUCCCCAAUCAUUUAUUUCCACUUUGUAUGCUCGAACUCUUGCAAUAUUUACUCCUUCAUCUCUGUAUCGAAAACCUAGCUCUGCAUUCCUUCCGCACCAAGUCCUCAUCACACUCGUUGCAUCCAGUAUCAAGAUAGAUUGCCCAGGUGUUGGUCGUGAGAUGACGGAGGACUGGCUAUCAAAACGCGGUCAAUAUGACUUCGUACCUUCCACGGGUGAACCAUAUCAUAAAGUUCUAGAACUCUACUGCUUGCACGUCUUGCCUCGUUUGGGCGAGUGGGAGUACGUCAAAGAAUUUCUAUCCUACGAGAAUGAACUCUCGUCUGACAAAAAACGCGAAAUUUAUUUGGCCCUAGAGGCUCAGCAUGCUCACGCGUUGGAGAGUACAAGGCGGGAGACGCCAAAACCCGAGACUCCUCCCUCGCUUACACCGAUGCCUCAACUCCGCUCUCUAUCUCCAGCCUCUUUCUCCUCUUCUCUAUCUACCACAUCUACCCGCACCGCCAUACCAGCAUCCCCCCGUCCAAAACUUACCCGCCAACAAUCCACGUCCUCCACAUCAGCAGUUUCAGACUCCACUGCAACCAGAUCCCCUCGUCACCGCUACAACCAAAGCAAACCCCGAGGAAGCUCAAGUGCCAGUGGCGUUCGCAUCUCCCACGUUCUGCUAACCGACCGCAGCCUCGCGACUGCACAACCCCCAACCUCCCCAGCACUCAUCCGAUCUUAUUUCAACCACUAUUUCACCGCAAACAGAUUGGCCACACUAUCUGUUUUGUUUUUCCUAAUUCCCCUUAUGUCUUUGAUUCUUCGGAGGCGGCGGCGUUUGGAGACACCUGCGGACUUGGUACGGAGGAGAUUAUCGGAAGCCCGUGGCGAUUCGAUUGCGAGACGGUUAUGGAAUGAGUUGGUGAGGGCAGUAUUGGAUACUGUUAGGAUGGGUGGUGGGGGACUUGUAUAACUCAUGGUGCGCCUGCUUAGUAUCAUUCUUCUUAGCCAGACCAAGUAGAAGGGUAUUGGUGUCAGGCCGUAGGCC